CUGGCAGAUGCCUGCUUUGGUAGGCUGUGUGCGUUAUGUAGUAGUCAGCCAGUCAGGCUGCAUAAACGGAAUCCACCACCCACAUCUCUGUCUUUCCUGGUUUCCGCCGCAUCCCCAGCCCUUGUCUUCCGCCGGGCUUCGUGCCCUACUGCCUACAUCGCCCAGGCUCCUCCCUGUCCCCCCCUCGCCAUCCGCUCCCGGACCUAAGCGCCAUCAGUACCAUCCAUCUGCACGAAGGCUCUAGUCUUAGGAUCCUCCAACCCACACCCGUUCGCAGCUAGCUACCUAAUAUAACUUGUGUGGGCGUCCGGCUCCCACCGUUCAAUCGGCUUCUUUUCGCCGUCUCUAUUACCGGUGCCACGCUUCCCUGGUGCUGCCACCGCCAUGCGAAAGCAGCGGAUGGAUUUCCAUCUGUCACGACCACAACCUACGCGACAAAGCGACAGCGCUCCCCCCUGGGACCCGCACUUGUCUUGGAGCAAGUAGCAGAAGCAGAGGCAGACAGCAACAAAGGCAGAAACAGCAGCUGUAUUAGACCGGCGGAGACAAAAAAUCCCUCCCAUCGCCCGUCAUGGCCUCUCCUCUCACCAUGGGUCCCUGCGGGCCCGACUCGUGCCCCGUGCCGGGCGGCUUCUAUUACCUGCAGCCGCACCUACCCGGAAACGCCUUCCUCCUCUCGGCCUUCGCCCUCCUGGUCCCGUUCAACCUCUACCUCGGGGUACGCCACCGCACGCCGCUCUACGGGCUCUUCUUCAUCAGCGGCCUCCUGCUCGAAGCGGCCGGCCAUCUGGGUCGGAUCCUGCUCCGCGAGGACAUGGCCAGCCGCUCCUACUUCACGCUCUACAUGAUCUGCACCAGCGCAGGCCCGACAUUUAUCGCGGCUGCCAUAUACGUCGUGCUCCCGCACAUACUGGCCGUCUAUGGAGAUCGCUACUUUGUCAUCCCCUCGCCCCUGUGGAUCGGCAUGAUCUUCUUUGGGUUUAACGUCUUUACCCUGGCUUUCCAGGUAGUCGGCUGUGUUUUUUCUGCUGGUGGUCUGUCUGGUCCAGAGAUGAACCAAGGCAUAAACAUCCUCCUCGCUGGGAUGGGAAUCCAGGUUCUCAGCCUCGUGUCAUUCUUUGGUGUCUAUUAUGCCUUCCUUUUCAGACUCUCGAGGCGCCAAGAAUUGCUAGACAACACCCAUGCACCCAUCUACUUGGCUCCUCGGUUCCGAGUGUUCCUUGUCUGUCUUCAGAUCUCGGCCGCGUUCCUCUUGGCCCGCGCCAUAACACGCAUCAUCCAGCUAUCGGCGGGUUUCGACUCGAUGGUCUUCCAGGCACCCACCAUAAACCUGGUUCUCGACUCUGCUGUCGUCUUGUUUGCCUGCCUCCUUAUAACAUCAGCCUCGCCAGCUGCCGCUUUCGGCAGCGAUGGCUGGGGCGCGACGUCUCCUCACAAGCAGCAUAGCGGCCGCCGCCGUGCCUACGCCAGUCCCUAUGGCGGACUCAACUCGGGCGAGUACGCCCUGGGAUCCCCGGGCUCCAACCCGGGCAGCUACUACGUGUCGCGCUGCCAGCGCCCCGGCAGGACGCCCAAGCCUUACGAGCAUCAGGUUCCGGGCCACCUACAGUACCCCAACCUGUACAAGCCGCCGCCCAAGCCAAUUCAUGUCGCCCCCUACGACCCCAAUGGCUCCCCAGCCAACAGUCCACCACUCAACUCUGCUGGGACCGCCGGGACUAUUGGGAGCCAAGAGCAGCAGCGGCGGAGUUCCAAUAGGAUGACGCCGAGGCAAUCAGACAUGGUCCGGGACGAGGCUCUUUGGUAAAUACGACAAAAGAAGAAUAAAAAAACGAAUUGAGCCGACAAGUCUUGGUGGUCUGAAGGGAAAGAAACGACCAGCCGUCUAGGACCUCCUCUAACGGCUGCCAACUCUUCCUCCAUGUUUUCUGUUAUGUUUUCUUCCUUUUCCCGCGACGAGAAUGGGUUACGAACCGGUAUUUUCACAGUAAUGCCGCUUAGCGAUGGACGGGAAUGAAGGUUGGGACUGGAUUGGGCGGGAUGGCGCUUGGAGGAUUUCUCAUUUAUUUUUCGUUCGAUUGAUGCUUUCCUUGGAUACCACUGCUGUUCGCUCUUUGUCGAUUUGGUCUCCAUUUGGAGCAGGUUGUCUCUUCUUCGCUUCUUCCGGCAUCUUUUCUGGCUCCUUUUUCUCAUCUUUACCAGCCAAGAGCGUUCAGCUGGUGCGGAGGGUCUGGGGGUUCCGUGCUAUGCCCCUUUUCAACCAUGUUUUUUUUCCCUCUUAUUCCUAUCGUUUUCCAUCUUAUCAUAUGUUUCCCUGCUUUUUGCCUCCACCUUCCUUCAUGUUGGUCGGUUGUGUAUACUGUGUAUACGGCUUGUGAUUUCCUGCGAGCUCUUGCUAUUUCCUUGGUUGAGACGAACCAUACAUAUGUCUUAUUUAUGUUGCAUCAGAGAUGCAUCUCGUGUACAUAGAAUCCUCCCAGUAAAGUUUGUGUAUGUGGCCCCCAGGGUCGCAACGCCGACAAACUGCGUUUACUCCCAGCUGCCCGGCUUUGUCGUUGGGCAGACUCGUCGCAGAUCAGAGGAUGCAAGGCGCACCAACCAAACAUCCUUCGGACCCCACGAGGGGCCAGCCACCGUCACAAUACAAGUGUAAAGCCAAUCACAAAGCCCUGCAAGAGGCGGGCGUGGCGCACAGAGACCAGCCCUCAUGUCUGCCCGUCUCCCA